AACGUUUUGUAUUCAGUUUGUAAGGUGUAUUCCAAUAUAAUUUUACUAGUUUUUUCUACGUGUAAAUAAUUAAAAACGUAUGGGUGUGCCUUUUAAAAAAUAUUUUUGUUGUUAUUUAUUUAAAACAAAUCAAAUCAAAUCAAUAAAUUGUGAUUUUUAAGUAAACAAAUGAAUAACUAGUGUAUGUAACAAAAUACCCAUCAUCAACUAUUUUAUAACUGCAUUACAGAAAUAUCAAGAUGAGGAAUCGAACGUUAACUGGUAAUUUGGCUAUCGUUAUUUAUCUCAUAUCAUUAUUCUGUGUGGUUAUUGCAUUUUCAACAUCCAGUUGGCUCGUAUCCGAUUAUCGGAUAAGAGGGGCAAAAUUUGAUCGUCUUGGAUUAUGGACACAUUGUUUCCGAUCAUUACCAGAUCCUACCGAUGUAUAUCAACGUCGAUUUUUUGUUGGAUGUAGAUGGGUAUUUGAUCCAUUUACUAAGGGAUACGAUGAAAUCCGUGGUUUCUUAAUACCAGGUUUUAUGAUUGCCACACAAUUUUUCUACACGAUUACAUUUAUUUGCGCCUUAAUAUCCGCUGUUUUGGUAUUAAUGUAUUUCCUAUGUUGUUCACCUGAUCAGAAUAAAUUUACACUUUUUGUACGUGGAAUUGGAUUGACUUGUUUAGUUGGAGGUAUCAGUGGCUGUAUAGGUGUCAUUGUCUUCGCAAUAUGGGGUAAUACCGAUGGCUGGAUGCCAGGACACGAAAAUAAUUGGUUCGGCUAUUCAUUUGUUUUAGCAAUUGUCGGUGCUGUUGGCUUUGUUAUUGCAGCUGGUUUAUUUUUGGUUGAAGAAAAUGUCCAAGUUCGUAAACAACGGCACUUUAAAGACUCACAAACCAGAUUCGAAUUAGAACAAGAAUCUAAAGCUUAAUUUUUGUUAAAAGAAUAAUUUAUUGGAAAAUUUAAGGAUAAAAUCCACUAGAAAAUGUGAUAGUAAAACUCACAUUCAGACAUAUUCGAAAAAUUUUUACUUGUUGACAUUUAUAUUUAUAAGUUUAAGUUAAGAGUUUCUCGAAGUCAAUGUCUCAAAAAUUUAUUAUUAAAGACAUAUUUUAUUAUUUUUUAUAUCGCGAUUUUUAUGAAACUUACAAUUUAUUAAUUGUUGUAAAUAUUAAAAUUUUAGUAAUGACAUUUUAUUUUUUAGAUGUAUAUGUAGGUUCGAAAUGAAAGGGCUCUUUUAAAGCGUAAACUCCACUACCAGAAAGUCUUAGCCAUCGUGUCGCUCGCAUUUCCAACUUAAAACACGUACUCCUUAUUUAUAGAAAAGCAUUGUUCUUAAUAAGAAUUAAACAUUGGCUAAAUGAUUUAAGCGAUAUUACUUGAAAUUUCACUUGGAAGCAUUGAUCGAAUACUCCGAUUUUAUCGCUCGAUGAAGUAAAACGCAUACUUUGACUCUUAUUACCGUUAUUUAAACAAAUCCAUUUCGAACACAACUCUUCUAGAUUUGUAAGUUACUUAGUUUUAUUACAAAGUACUCGACGCACAUUCUAUGCUGAUUAUUUGUAGGGAAUUAUUGCACUUCUUCCGCUGAAAAAUAUACAAUUUUAAGAUCAGUUGUGAAUCAUUACUUAAUUUUAACUCCGAUUCGAUGAAACGCUUAACAUAGAAAUUUUCACAGAUUUGUUUCGGAUUUGGCAAUCAUAUCAUUAUUUUGGAAAAGUUUACACUCCAAAAUAAAGCGUAAAACUUUACAGAUAAACUUAUUAAAAGCCAAUCGAUUAAUUAAACGGUAAAUGAUUCGAAAUCAUGGAUUUUGUGUUUAUUUUUCCUGUAUUUUAUGUACAAGCGUAAUUUAAACAAGAGAUUUAUUAUCGCUCGCUUAAAGAUAUGAAAUGCUAAUUCUUUGUUUUCUAUUAUGAGGUCUUUAAUCUCUAUGCUAUAAAAAAAUAUUUUAUUGAUUGAGUCAAUUUUAAAUCCGUGUGAACCAUUUUUGAUGCUCGAAUCAAAAUUUGGUUAUAUUUGCAUAUAGGAAGUAAAUUGAUAAUGACAAAAAUUUAGUGGCCUUUAACACUAAAUUUAAUUAUUAAUGAAAAAUAUAUAAAUAUUUAUACAAAUUCAAGUUAAUAUCUCGAAAAUGUGUUUUAAUAAGUGUACUAUACAAUCGUAUACUCCAUUCAUUCGAAGAUCGCUUUCGUAAACUUGUAAAUUUAUAUGUUUCCAGAGCCGAAUAUAACUUUUGAUUAAUAUCCUAAGUUUUUAUAGAAAGAAGAAAUAAAAAAUGUAAUUUCCAUGACAGCUCACUUCGAUUACAGUUAAUAAGAGCAUUUGCAUUUUUUAAAUAAGACAUUCCAUUUAUCCCAAAUUCCACAAGAGUGAGUACGAUCUUUCAUUGAACGAAGUAUCAAGAAAAAUAUUAAUGUGUUCAUGACGUAAUUGGAAAAUAAAAGAUAUAAGAGUAUAAAUUAAAUUUAAUUAAAUGAUAUGUUAAUUACUAUUUAAAAUUCCGUCCAAACACUGUACAAAUUAAAUGAUUUUUUCUCUUAAUUUUUCUCUUAAUUAGUAGUUAAUAAUAGAAGACAUAGGUGGAUGAACGUGUUGACCAAAAAAAUGCCUAUAGCCUAUAAUUUCGUAUUGGGGCAAAUAUGCUGCUAUAUAACACUAAUUUAGCUGAAAAUUAGAAAAAAAUUAUUUUUAAUCAGUCCAGGCAAAAGGGAAAGUGUUUCCGCUAGUAAUGCAGGCACUUUCAUCCACUAAUGUUUUCAAGAAUAGUUUAAUAAAUUGUUGGAAAGUCAAAUGUUGAAUCUCGUAACGUUUUCUUACUAUACUUUUACAUAUUAAUCCCAUUUAUACCUCGGAGUAUAAAACAAAUAUGGGUCUAAGCUGCCUUAUUUAAGAUAUUAAAAGUUAAUGUUUUAACGAUUUAA